AUGAGCCUCAGUGAGUCAGACGUCUCAGAGGACGAGCAAGAGUUGGAAGAAGAGCAUGACGAUGAAUGCAGUCAGUCAACAGAAAAACAAGAGAGUGGGAGUGAGGUGGAAGAGUCCAAGCCAAAGAAGAGGACCAGGCCUGUGAGGUCCAAAGCCAGAAGAGUAGCAGCCAAUGUCAGAGAGCGAAAGAGAAUUCUGGACUACAACCAGGCUUUCAACGCACUCAGGCGGGCACUGAAGCAUGACUUGAGCGGCAAGAGGUUGUCCAAGAUUGCAACCUUAAAGAGAGCCAUCAACAGAAUAUCUACUCUCUCCAUGUUCCUCCACUCCAACACCCAGCAGAAAUGGUCAUGCAGCCAUAUUGAGUGUCACCUUCAAUGUGAUGGAAACAGGCAGCUUGAAAUGAAAGACAACUGUCCUCAAACGUCAUACUUGAUGCCAGGACAGAGCCAUCAAACUGUAUCUUCUAACUCUCCUUAUGGAGAUACCACCCGUCUUCAGCAGAGCCACUCUCCACCCUAUUCUAGGCCUUCGCCAGAGACCCCUUAUUACCAGUGCCAGUAUAAAAGUCCAACACAGGAUGAUUUUAUUCCAGAUGCACCUUAUUACACGCAUGGGAGUUACAGUAUUGGUAUCCGGGGAAAUUUCUAUCAGAAUCAUGUUGAAAACUUUGCAGAAACAUCUACUGGACACUUUCCAUGGCAGUUUGGAUGUCUACAAGGCCCUUCUUACCAGCAUUCUCUCUCAAUGCACUGA